CUCCACCAUGUACACCUUCGUGGUGCGCGAUGAGAACAGCAGCGUCUACGCCGAGGUUUCCCGGCUGCUGCUCGCCACUGGCCAUUGGAAGCGACUGCGGCGAGACAACCCCCGCUUUAACCUGAUGCUGGGGGAGAGGAACCGGCUGCCCUUCGGAAGACUAGGUUACGAGCCUGGGCUGGCACAGCUGGUCAAUUACUACCGGGGGGCCGACAAGCUGUGCCGCAAAGCGUCCUUGGUGAAGCUGAUCAAGACGAGCCCAGAACUGGCCGAGUCCUGCACAUGGUUCCCUGAGUCCUAUGUCAUUUACCCAACGACACUCAAGACGCCCGUGGCCCCAGCGCAGAAUGGAAUCCAGCUGCCAGUCAAUAGCUCCAGAACAGAUGAGAGGGAAUUCUUCCUGACUUCUUACAACCAAAAGAAAGAGGACGGGGAGGGCAAUGUUUGGAUUGCAAAGUCAUCAGCUGGUGCCAAGGGCGAAGGCAUCCUCAUUUCGUCGGAGGCCACGGAGCUUCUGGACUUCAUAGACGCCCAGGGCCAAGUGCACGUGAUCCAGAAAUACCUCGAGCGCCCUCUGCUGCUGGAGCCGGGCCAUCGCAAGUUCGACAUUCGAAGCUGGGUCUUGGUGGACCAUCAGUACAACAUCUACCUCUAUAGGGAGGGUGUGCUGCGGACGGCGUCGGAACCCUAUCACAUGGACAACUUCCAGGACAAGACGUGCCAUUUGACCAACCACUGCAUUCAGAAGGAGUACUCCAAGAAUUACGGGAAGUACGAAGAAGGGAAUGAGAUGUUCUUUGAGGAGUUCAACCAGUACCUGACCAGUGCUUUGAACGUUACCCUGGAAAACAGCAUUCUGGUUCAAAUCAAACACAUCAUAAGGAGCUGUCUCCUGAGUGUGGAGCCCGCCAUUAGCACCAAGAACCUCCCUUACCAAAGCUUCCAGCUCUUUGGCUUCGACUUCAUGGUGGAUGAGGAACUGAAGGUCUGGCUCAUUGAGGUCAACGGCGCCCCUGCUUGUGCUCAGAAGCUGUACUCCGAGCUGUGCCAGGGCAUCGUGGACAUAGCCAUAUCCAGGGUCUUCCCGCCCCCUGACGUGGAGCAGCCACAGCCCCCGCCAGCUGCCUUCAUCAAGCUGUGAGCUACACGGUGAGCUCAGAGCUGCCCUGGGAAGAACGCAGGGCCCUUCCCCGGGGAAGGUGAGAUGACUGCUCUCUAUCAUGCCAACAUGGAGGAGGAAAAAAGGGCAGCUGGAGCAGACGAGACAGAAGAGGAGCCAACUGGAUCAAGAGCACGCUGCUCACGACUCGGCUCUGCUCUUGACGGUGGAAUUGACGGCUCUGAGCGGAGCACCGCGUUUCUCCCAAGAGGAGAAAAAGAAACCCAGCAGGGUUUGGUGAUUGUACAGGACUCUUUCUCUGCUAAGGCAGCAUUGCAAGCAGACCCUCGCCUCCCUGGGAAGGCAGACGGCUGGGACUGUGGCAGGGGUCUCUCCACUCGCUGCAGACUUAGUGCCUUAGCUCUGCGCCCCGCCGCAGCCCUGCCGACGCCCGGGGCAGGGAUCAGCUGCUCAAGCAGACCUGGAGGUUGCCUGCCUGUGUUCCCAGCUCACGAUGCCCUGCCCUCUUCGCUCCAGCCUAGCAUGUAUCUGUGGCCCUUUGCUUCCUGCCCUCGGCCGGCCAGCCUUGGCCACAGCAGCUUCCCCUCAUCACCUUCCGCUAUGGCCGAGGGUUGUCACCUGCCAAGGUUCCUGAGGUUUGGCGCACUGUGCGCUUGGACUGCUCUCGGCAUGUUUUACAAACAGCAAGAAAUCUACUCACUCACCCCCCCACACCCUCCCCCACCCCCCCGCCCUCCCCCACCCCGGCAGGGAGGAAAAAAAAUGAAACAGCGUCUUGCUUUACUUGAUAGGUUAGCUCUGGUGAGACUUUGACAGAAGGUGGUUCCCAAUUAUUUCUUUUUUGUUUGUUUUAAAGCCAGAAUGCUAAAUUGCAAUUUUGCAAGUUUCCUCUCCUCCCUCCCCAUCAUCUCCCCUUUCAAGAAAAAAAAAAAAAAAAAAAAAAAACAGAAACAAAAAGUGUGUUGAACAAACUUCUCCGUUCAGGAGAAAGAAUGGCACGCCCUUUGCUCCCUGCAUGUCUCAGCUCCAACCCGGUUCCCUGUUCCCUUUUUCUGGUUCCUCUUGUGCCCAAGGCGCCCACUGCAGGCACCCACGGGAGGGGCCCCUUCCUCACCAGAAGGAUUCGGGGUCUACAGUGGGCUUGUUCUCUUGCUGGGAAUGCCACAGUGUCCCACCUUCACAAGUCGCCUUCUAAGUGUGAGCAGAACGCGUACUGUCAGACAUUUGUUUGCCUAGAUCGACUAAUACAAGGGUAGCUUUGAGAUGUGCAGUGGGAAUGGAGUUAAAAGGUUAAGUUUAUUUUGAUGCAGAAAGCAGUUGAGAUCCAUGCAGAUGCGAAAUCUUCUAAAAGGUCAUGGACAAUAUUUUUAUGGAAGGAUGCCUUUUAUGCAUGGAUUUGAGCUGUUUUUGCACUAGAAUAAGCUUAUCUUUUCCAGGAACCUUUAGCAGUAACUCUGUAUUCGGUAAGCCUUUCAGAAGCCACACCACUUGCAGUGGGAAGAGCAGCUGUCAUUUGUUUUCUGUGCAAGCCUCGUAAGCCCUUCUUUGAGUUUCCUAGAAAUCACAGCAGACCCAUGCAGAAGCUGAGUGCACAUGCGUACACACAUGGCCCAGAACAUGACGUCCGCUUUCUUUGUGCAUCCAUGUGCGCCAUGAUUUGUCUCGCUUUGGAACAGAUAGUUCUGCACUGAGGUACAGAAGAGAAAGGAAAGCCACACCUCCAGUACGAUGAGGCAAAAGAGGCAUGCAGUGAAAAGGCUGGUCAAGAUAGCCCUGAUGGAGCAGAUGCAGCAGUGGGUGGUGGGACAGGUGGCUGUGGCAGGAAGGGGAGGAAGGCCCUGCUGAGGGGACUGUCACUGGGGAUUUGGAAUUACCAAAGGGAAGUCCUGGGAGUUCUCCCGAAGGUAGAUGAGCAAGUUGGCAUCCAGAGCCUGCGUCUAUGGCUAAGAGUCAUUCCUGAGUGUGCUGCAGCUGAUGGGGUUUGAGAAGGGACUGCCAUCUGAUCGGAUCUUGGCACAGUGCAGUCAUUUAGAAAGUGGAGGGUGCUGUGAGCUGCGAUCAGGGAAGGUAUGGAGGUCUUUGUGUACUGUCACCUGUAACAUAGGCUUGAACUUAACCUUUUUAUUACAGUGACAUUGCAAUUUUCCCCUUCUUGCAAGAGCAGAGCUUAGAGUGUGUGUUUUGGGAAAGUCUGAAUCUUGAUGGGUUUUCUGGGGAACUUCAAUAGCGUAUCUACGAGGGAAGUGGGACUCUAAA